CUUCACAACUUCAAUCAAACCAUUCUUUCUCUCUUCUCAUUUUUAACAAAAUGAGAUCCAAACAUCAACUUUCAACUCUUUUCCUAACAAUCUUCUUAUUGCUCAUUUUAGGAUGUAACGCUUCACCACCGAGAAAAAGUAUCCGGUCACGCCGUCCUUGUAAGGAAAUGGUGUUCUACUUCCACGACAUUAUAUACAACGGCAAAAACUCCAAGAAUGCAACUUCCGCCAUUGUGGGUGCACCUGCAUGGGGUAAUCACACAAUUUUAGCGAAUCAGAACCAUUUUGGAAAUGUGGUUGUGUUUGAUGAUCCCAUAACGUUAGACAAUAACUUGCACUCGCCCCCUGUUGGACGAGCACAAGGGUUCUAUAUCUAUGACAAAAAAGAAAUCUAUACCGCAUGGCUUGGAUUCUCAUUUGUCUUCAAUUCCACUGCCCAUAAGGGUAGCAUUAACUUUGCAGGGGCUGACCCUUUGAUGAACAAGACGAGAGACAUUUCAGUUAUUGGUGGAACGGGUGAUUUCUUCAUGACUAGAGGUGUGGCUACUAUCAUGACCGACUCGUUUGAGGGGGAGGUUUACUUUAGACUUCGUGUUGACAUUAAAUUGUACGAGUGUUGGUAAUCAAGAACCUAACUUUCUUUUAGGUUUUGUUUUACGUUUUCUUUUAUCAUAUAUCUUUUUCGUUCUACAAAAAGAUAGAAAUUUUAUCUAUCUUUUCUAAGAAGGCAAAACAUGCCAUCAAUUGUCGUUACGUUUUGUAUCAGAAAUGUUUGUUUGUUACGGUUUUCUUUUAUGGAUAAUUAAACUUUUGUCGUUUACAAUA